AUGGGUACAGACUAUCGAAACAGCGGGCGCGGGGGCCGUGACGGGCCGGGAGGCCGCGGGCCGGGCAACGAUCGCCGAGACAGUGGCCGGAGCUUCGGAGACCGUAGGCCAGAGAGACCGGACUUCAAGAGAGGUGACGGGGGGCGCGGCUUCGGGGACAGGCGCGGCUCAGGCCCCCCCGGAGGCCCCGAUCGGGGUGAUCGCCGCGGACCAAGGGAUGGGCCUGGCGGCCGUGGAGGACCCGGGGGCCCUGGCGGCGGGUUCAAGGGAGGAGCAAAGACCAUGGUCAAGCCUCAUCCCAAGUAUGAUGGAAUAUUUAUAUCCCAUGGACGGGGCGAUGUUUUAGUGACGAAGUCUCUUGCACCAGGCGUGGCCGUAUACGGAGAGAAGCGCAUUUCAGUCGAGGGGACCGAGUCCAAGAUAGAAUAUCGUGAGUGGAACCCGUUCCGCUCCAAGCUGGGCGCGGCCGUCCGCCUCAACGUGUUGGACAUGCCAAUAAAGCCAGGGGCGAAGGUCCUCUACCUUGGCGCUGCAUCGGGGACCACUGUCUCGCACGUUUCGGACAUAGUUGGGCCUACCGGCGCCGUUUAUGCCGUCGAGUUUUCGCAGAGGUCUGGCCGCGAUUUACUUGAGGUUGCUAAGGCUAGAACGAACGUUUACCCCAUCAUUGCUGACGCAAGGCAUCCUUACAAGUAUCGUAUGAUAGUCCCGGAGGUCGAUUGCAUCUUUUCUGAUGUGGCACAGCCGGACCAGGCACGGAUUGUCGCAGAGAAUGCGAGGUACUAUUUGAAGGCCAAUGGAGGCAUGCUGAUAUCUAUCAAGGCAAGCUCUGUCGACUCGACGCUGAAGCCGGAGGCCGUCUUUGCGCGUGAAAUAGAGACAUUGCGCGAGCACGACUUUAAGUGCAAGGAGCAGCUGGACAUAGGAGAGUUCCACAGGAAUCAUGCUAUAGUUGUGGGGAGAUUCCGUGUCAAGGCAGCGUGA